AUGGAUCUUCCUCUAAUGGGGAGAAAAUAAAAGGCCGAGGAAAAAAAAUUGAAGGCAUUUUUGUUGAGUGUCCUUUUCGUAUGUUCAAGUUUUGCUUUGUGCUUUUCAUUCCCCUCCACCUCUUCAAACUGGAUAACUCAUCAAUAUAAAUCUUUCAGAUAACUAGAAAACAAAAUUAGAAAACAAAAACCUAAAAAUAGGGAAAGGAAGAGAUUUCACUCAUUUCAGCCUCUCCUUCCCUCCACACCAAUGGAAAAUCCCUUCCUAUCCUGCAACACCAAGUACCCCGUCCCAACUCUCUUCUUCAAACACCAAAUCCCACACCAAAUCCCUGCAAAUUCCAUCAAAACCACCUCCUCGCUCCCCCAAAACUCCACACUAAAACCAUCACAACCACCCCCACCACCAAACCUCAACACCACUGACCGCCAAGUGAACCGCCUCCGCCGCCAUGGGAAGCUCCAAGAAGCCAUCUCUACCCUGGAACAGGGUCUCCCCAUCGGGACCAGAACCUACACUUCCUUGCUCCAAUCCUGCAUCGACUCGGACGCCAUCGAGGAGGGCCGGAGGCUUCACGCGUCGAUUGCUUUGGUGCGUGACCCAGAUCCCUUCGUAGAGACCAAACUCGUUAGUAUGUAUGCAAAAUGUGGCAGCUUGGAGGAAGCCCGCCACGUGUUCGACGGAAUGCCUGAGAGGAGUCUCUUCGCCUGGUCAGCGAUGAUCAAUGGGUAUUCUCGGGAGCAAAGGUGGCAAGAGGUUGUCGACCUCUUCUUUCAGAUGAUGCAUGAGGGUGUGAUUCCUGACAGCUUCUUGCUUUUAAAAGUUCUCCAGGCGUGUGCAAAUACUGGGGAUUUGGAAACUGGGAGGUUGUUGCACUCCCUUGCGGUCCGAGGUGGGCAUUUGGACUCAUCAGAGGGGACGCAUGUGAGCAAUUCGGUAUUGGCGAUGUAUGCUAAGUGUGGCGAAUUGGACAUGGCAAAGAGGAUUUUUGAGAGUUUGGGUACAAAGGAUCUGGUGACAUGGAAUUCAAUUAUUUCUGGGCAUUGCCAUUGGGGUGAAAAUGAAGAGGCUCUUCAAUUUUUUGAACGGAUGAGAGCUGAAGGAGUUAAACCGAGUGUUGUUACAUUGAAUAUAUUGAUAGCAAACUAUAUGCACUCCGGCAAUACUAAGCUUGCAAUGGAACUCAUGGAGCAGAUGGAGAGUUAUGGAGUCAUUUCAGACGUCUUUACUUGGACUAGCUUGAUUUCAGGUUUUGCUCGGAAUAAUAGGUUGAGUGAAGCAUUGGAUAUUUUUCGAAAGAUGCAGCUCUCUGGGGUGGAACCAAAUGGCAUGACGGUUGCAACUGCUAUCUCGGCUUGCACCUCUUUGAAGGCUCCGAGCAAGGGAAAGGAGCUCCAUUCAUAUGCUGUUAAGAUAGGAAGUGCAGGCAGUAUUUUGGUGGCGAAUUCUUUGAUUGACAUGUAUGCAAAAUGUGAGAGACUUGAAGAUGCUCAGAAUGUCUUUGACCAAACGACAGAGAAAGAUGUCUUCACUUGGAACUCAAUGAUUGGAGGCUAUGCACAAGCUGGAUAUUGUGGUAAAGCCUAUGAUCUCUUCUUAAAGAUGGAGAAUUUAGGCAUCCAUCGAAAUGUGGUAACUUGGAAUACAAUGAUCUCUGGGUACAUUCAAAAUGGUGAUGAGGACCGAGCCAUGGAACUUUUUCGGAGGAUGGAGGUCGAUGGAGUAAAGAAGAACACAGCUUCAUGGAAUACUCUCAUUGCAGGUUCCUUGCAGAAUGGCCAUGUAAAUAAAGCCCUAAGAAUAUGUAGACAAAUGCAGUUGAUUUCCGUAAGGCCCAAUAUAGCUACCAUCCUAAGCAUCCUUCCAGCUUGUGCAAAUUUAGUAUCAGCUUGGAAGGUAAAGGAGAUCCAUGCUUGCAUAUUGCGCAAUAAUUUGCAAACUGAGAUCUCGAUUGCAAUGGUAACUGAAGGAAAGGAACUCUUUUCUAGCAUGGUAGAGGAACACCAGCUUCCCCCAGGCUUAGAACAUUAUGCUGCAAUGGUAGAUCUCUUUGGCCGUUCUGGUAGGCUUAGAGAAGCUUCCAAUCUUAUUGAGAAGAUGCCAAUUGAGCCUGACUCUACUGUCUGGAAUGCACUGCUUGUUGCAGCCAGAGUCUAUGGCAAUUUCGGGCUAACAAAUCUGGCAGCAGAACAUUUGGUAAAACUGGAACCAAGGAAUCCCAGUAUUCACAGGCUGCUAUCAAAUAUACAAGCAUUAUGUGGGAAGCAAAGUGGCAUGUUAAAACGCAGAAAGCCUAAGAAGGAAAGCAAGCUUGAUAGUUCUCUCAGUUGUUGCUGGAUUGAGGUUAGAAAUGAGGUGUAUAGCUUUAUAACAGGUGAGCAAGCUGAUGUAGAUUUGGAGUCCAAGUUCACUGAAUUAAAUGGCAUAUCAGUUGAUGUCAAGGUAGUGCCACCUGCCUUUUAUGAUGAUAGGCUUGAAAUUGAGGAAGAAAAGGAGGAGAUUGAUGGCAUACACAGUGAGAAGCUAGCUAUUGCUUUCGCCAUUUCCAACUUGCCAGCCUUUAGAAGCAUACGAAUAAUCAAGAGUGUAAGAAUGUGUACAAAUUGCCACAAUGCUUGUAAGUUAAUCUCAAAGGUUUAUCAACGUGAAAUAUUGAUUAAAGAUCCCAAGUGUCUGCACCAUUUCAAAGAGGGGAAGUGUUCUUGUAGAGAUUUCUGGUGAAUCAGAAGAAAACAAUAAAUUCUUGCUCUGAGGGUUAUUUUAAGUACAAAUUUUAUAGCCAUGGGUUUUUCUUCAAAUACUGUAUAUAGCUCAGAGUCUUGUCCAUCUACUUAUAUACCUUUUUUGCAUCAGCUUGUAUUUGUUUGUGUAAUCUCUACUAGAAAAUUCUUGCUAAAA